AUACGUGGAGAGCAUAAUGUUGGUCGAUACUUGGCAAGGCUUGCGGAAGUAGGUGCUCCAACUUGCAGACUGUAUGAGUGCCUUUCUAAUCCAAUCUUUACUGUCCAAGUUGAUGAGUUGUUGGACCAGUGUCAUGGAAAGCUAACUUUAGGAAACAAUAAAGAAAAGGCUGGUUUCAUACACGAGCUUAAUUCAAGAUUGGGUGAUAAAGAAUUUCUUGUUAAUUCAGACCUAACUUUAGCUGAUGCUGUGAUACUAUCUACUCUACUGCAGCUGCGUAUGUUGGAGUCUGCUCCUUCUAAUGUUCAAAAAUGGAGCAAGGGUUGUCUUAUAUUACCUUAUUGUAAAAAUCUAAUCUAAAGUUUUUUUUCCAUUCUGUAAUGAUGUAUAUCAAUUAAAAUUAUAGAGCGAAAAUGUUUUGUUUCUCUCUUUUGUUAAACAUUUAUUUUCACAGAAAUGUAUGACAUAAAUGUGGGGAUUGGCAGUCUGUCUACAUGAGCAUCAUAGAUUUCUUUAUUCUUGGUUGGGCUUAAAGUUGUAUAUUAAACUUUCUGUGAAGUGAGGUACUCCUUGAAAUUAUAAUAAACUUAGCCAAAGUAAUCAGUUUUUUUGUAAAUUCAGUAUGCUUGUGACUUAAUGGUAAUCCUUGUCAUAAGGAUUACCAUUAUGAAUGGAGCUGGUAAAAGUAAAGGCAAGACUGAAAUUGAGAAAACAAAUUUUAUGUUGCCUGAUGUGUAUUGUAUUUAUUAUUCAUGCAUAUAAGUGUGCUUGCACCUUUAUGUAAUUAUGUAUGUACAUUGAUUUUAUAUUUAUUUUUUGUAUGUGCUUAGUGUACUGGGCAAUUGAAAGAACUGGGAUGAAGAAAAAAGUUGUCUUUGAGAAUUUUGGGUAAUUAAUUCACAAUUAUUGAUUUUUACAAUUAUCUUUUAAUUUAGUUACACCAUAUUAUAGACAAUGAUAGCAGUCUGUCUUUCCAUUAACCUGAUACUUUCAUGUAAAUUGCCAUUGGUUUCUGUGCCACAACGUAACUACAUUUAGGAGCUGACAAAUUCAUCUAGUGUCCCUCCCUCAGAGAAGAGCAACUGGAAUUUGGUUGGUUAAGUGUGAGAGUAGUCAUGCUCAGAUGUUGGCCUCAGUGAGUCUGUUCAACUUUAAAUUUUCUUUUCCUAAUUUUAUAACAUAAUAUAUGACUCUUAUGAUGAAUUUGUCACCUAGAAGACAAUAAUAGACAAUAAGUUGCACAAAUUACUGACCAACAUGACAUAAUAGUUACAUAAUUGUGAUUGCAGAAAGUGCAGAGGAAAUUUUGGGGGACCAUCAUUAUUUUGAGAAAUCAAGAGAAGUAUAGGUGGCCCUGAAUGGGUUAUAUAUAAUUUGUUUUGUUUUGAUUUUUUAUUUGUUCAUCUUUUUAAGAUCACAACAAGUAUUUUAUUUAUAAAACUUCAUUCACUUUUUCUGUAUUGAGAAAUUGAUGAUCAUUCCCCAUGAAUUAAUAAAUUACGUCAGUGUUUUCCUAUAUUUUCUGCCCUGCCUGAUUGUAUAUGUAAAUGUCUGCUAACCUACUGUAUAAUCUAUAUUAUAACUAUUUAAACAACUAUUAAAUCCUAUCCAUUACCUAGUAGGAAUGCUCAAAGAAUUUUAGAAAUACUCAUAUAUAUAAAUAUAUAACAUGAUAAAAUGUUUAAUGAGGUAAACAGGAGCAAGAAUAGGGGCCUUUAAUAAAGGAAUUAGAAAUGCAAAUGGUAUUCUUUAUAGAAAAUGAACAUUUUAUAUUACCAAAGUGCUCUAGGUCAGGAUGAAGUAGAAUCAUUAUAUAAGGAAAAUUUCAUUAUUAUAUUGUUUAAUAUAUUUUGAUCAUAAUUGGUUUUCAAUUGAGUUUUGAAGGCUGAAUAUUGAAUCUGAAGUUCUUUUUAAUGUUUGAACUGUUAUGUAAUAUUAGUUAUGACAUUUUACUUUUAUUGCUAUUAUUUAUUUUUAUUAUUUUUCAUUCACCAUUCAAAAUUGACAAAAAAUACAUGUAUUUUAGUUAUUGCCAGUAUUAAAUUUAAUUUUCAAUGUGUAAUCAUGUUAAGGUAUUCCCAGAUUGUAGAAGAAUGUUAAUUCUAGGUUAUUACAUGUUUCAAUUUGUCAUGGGAUAUGCUUGAUUUUUAACAUAUAUUUUGUCACCUAGAUUUGAGAUAAACACAUCAGUCAGGUACUUUAAUUUUUAGAUAGCACAGAUCAUUCUGUAUUUUUUUUCCUUUUUGAAAAUAUCACAAUUUAGCUAAAUGAGAGAGUGAGCAGGUUACACAAAAUUCCAUAUUAAAAUGAUUAAAUUAUUGUGAUGAGCUUCUUAAGUGAAUGUUAUGAAGUUAAUUUUUCUGUAAUCCUGUUAUUAAAGAUUAAACUAUGAAAAGGA